GCCGCCUAUGAUGCUGCACGCGCGCUCGUCGAGCGCGAGCUGGGUCAGUGUUUGACCAGAGCAGACACGGAAGACGAUGUGGCAGGUGCUCCACUUGUGGAGGAACAGGUGCUCUUGCAGCGCUAUGUGUCUUUCCUUGAAGCUUUGUAG